CCGACACUAUAUAAUCACGUACUGAUUCGAGAGUACAGGGAUAAUUCGUUCCUGUUUGCAACCCAAUCAAGUGUUCUUUCCCCCUCCUCACACUCCUCAAUGACCAUGCAGCCGAUCACCCUCUACUCGCAUCCGAUCGGGCCGAACCCCUGGAAAGUGGCCCUAAUCCUCUCGGCCCUCCAGAUUCCCUACGAAACUGUGACGGUCGACUUUGCCGAUGUCAAAAAGUCCCCCUACGUGGAUCUGUGCCCUAACGGUCGGCUCCCGACGAUCGUGGACCCCAACAAAGACAUCACUCUGUGGGAGUCCGGCGCCAUUGUGAACUACCUGAUCGAGACCUACGACCCGAGCCACCGUUUGAGCUACGAUACCUUCCCGGAGCGUCACCAGCUGCAGCAAUGGCUGCACUUCCAGGUCUCCGGACAGGGACCAUACUACGGGCAGCUGGGCUGGUUCCAGCGGCAGCCUGAGCGGGUGUCGCUCGCGAUCGAGCGUUAUACGGGGGAGAUCCGACGCGUUAUGGGGGUCUUGGACCAGGCGCUGCAGGGGAAGGAGUGGCUUGUGGGAGAGAAGUGCACGUUUGUCGAUUUGUGCUUCGUACCGUGGCAGGAACUGGUGCCGUUCGUUGUGGGUGACGAGCGCAUCGUGCAGGAGUUGACGGAGCAGUAUCCUAAUGUGCACGCGUGGAUGGAACGGAUGAAGGCGAAGCCGGAAGUGCGGAAGGUGUUGCAGGAGAAGAGUGAGGCGAUGGCUAUGGCGAUGGCAAAAAGCACCAAGUAGAUAAGAUAAGAGGGUUAUCAUUUCACAUAGAUAGUCAGUCCCUUGGGGAUGACAAGAUUUCGCCGAAUUAGUGGGGCUUCCCGGCCUUUUCCCUUCCUUCUGGGCAUCCGCUUCAUCCGAUUAGCGCGCUGUUCCUAUACUCUCGUUAUAAAUGUAUGGCCUGUCAAGUCAAGAUGAUUAUCAGUAAACUAC